UUUUUUCGUGUCCCAAGUUUUGUUGUACACAAUGACGAUCGUAUUGCAGGAACAUGAUUCCCGGAUACUGCUAGCCGGUUUGGGAUUAGGUAAGACUGAGGACGAUAUGCAUAUAUCUAGUAGUUACUCCUCCGACCGCGCUCGUGUGAUAGUAGUCACUUGCGGUAUCUUAUCAUAUGUUAAGAAAGUAAGUCGUCGUUCUGGUCCUCUAUGUCCAUGGGCGUCUGUCCUCGUCCAUGUUCUUAAAUGUCAUCUUCAUCAUCAAGAUGGAGGACGCUUUCGCACGGAGGCAAAAAAAAUACUAGAACUAGAAGUGCUAGAACUGCAUCAAGAACUAGUACCAAUGAAUGAAUGAAGAACGGCUGCAUCAAUCACUACUACAACAAGGACUGCGAGGCUUCGAGCGAUAAGACCACGAAGUAAGCAAGAAAAUCAUCUUUAUCGGACGCUUAUCAAUAACGAAAACAACCUUGAUUUUCUUCUCUGCCCUCGUCUCCGUCUCGGUCUCCAGCACGUAAUCGCCUUUAUCCAAGUUUUAUGUCUACUUGAAUUUCUACCUGCCUACUACGAUAAGUGGAGGAAGCACGAGUUCCGUAUUUUUCCGCCAGGUUCUACGAACGCCUUCCUAGUUCCAGAUGACUUGCGUGGUCGCAUCCAGCCUUUCCCAGCAACAUCGGAUGUGUUUUUCUACAACAAAGUCCUCUAGUAUCUCUCUGCUUUCAACAUCAGAGAAAUUCGUAGAACUCAGAAGAGACUCAGGGAAGUCGUAGGUCCAAUCCGAACCAACUAACAUCGUCAGCAAAUAACUCGCUGCAUUCAGCAGCAGACUCAAAGACAAACUACCUAAAAAGAAGAACUGUUUCGCCAAUGGAAAUGGUGAUCCGAAAUUUCAAAACACGCCUGCAAUAAGAUGUAGCUAGG